UCCGAGCAACAUGGUUAGGCUGGCAAUAACCCUGUGGCUGAGCGUUCUGGCCUUGGCCACCGUUAAUGCCGAAAUUGAAAACAUAUUUGCUCUAGCCAAUAAGCAACUCCUUACCGAAGACUUGGCCGUGGAUGUGGAUCGUUACUUGGCCGUUUCCAAGCUAAGACGCUUGGCAGUGGAGUUCUUCGACUACUAUUCCAAUGUAACACUGGCGGAUCUGAAUGUUGGGGAUCAGCACUCGAGGCUGCCUACAUUGCAGGACAUGGAAUGCCUAGCAGACUUGGCGGUCGUAACCAGAGACCUAUCGUCUUUUAAAGUCUGGGCGUUGAAGAUGAUCGAUUCGUGGGGCCUGCUGCCUGCGGGAGUGCUGGUGGGAAACUUUUGGGACUUGGGCAACUUUGAUGAGUGCAUUGGCAUAGCCCACGCUGUGACCACCAGACACAGUGUCAAGGGCAAGUAUUGCCUUACCAAGUUGGUUCCGAGCGUGUCGUUGAAUGUGGCCAUUAAGACGGCCGUCUGUUUUCCCGCCUCCUGUUCCGCCGCCAACAUGGACACGAUGCUGAAAAGACUCUUCCAGAACCUCCUCAACGUGGAGAUCGGCACAGAGGUGCAAAUAGUGGACGAGGCUACGUGUCAGACCUCGGCGACGAAGCCCUACGAUGGCCUCACCAUUUUCACCAUAGUCGCUCUGUCGAUACUGGGUGCUCUAGUGGGACUCUCCACGAUUUAUGAUUACUUCUUUUGCCAGGACGAGAAAACCAUUAAUCCAGUAGUCAAAGCUUUCUCGGCGCGUUCCAAUUCGCGGGCUCUAUUCAAAAUUGUGGACACCAAUUCGAACCCCAAUGUCAUCGACUGUCUUAAUGGAAUCCGUUGUCUUUCGUUCAUCUGGGUGGUCUUCGGUCAUGAAUACCUCGUGUUUGCCAUGUCACCCAACAUAAACAUGGCCGACGCUUUGAAGUGGAUGAACUCCAUCUUCAGUAUGUUUGUGUUACAUGGGAUCUAUGCUGUGGACACGUUUUUCUUCUUGAGCGGUCUAUUGCUCGUUGUGAUUGCCCUGAGAUCGAUGGACAAAACCAAGGGAAAGCUAAACAUUCCAAUGAUGUAUCUGCAUCGUUAUCUCCGCCUCACCCCCAUCCUGGCCUUCGCCAUUCUUAUCUACAUGAAGAUUCUGCCACUCCUGGGAAAUGGCCCGCUGCAGGGAUCAGUGAACUUCGACGAUUACUCAUCGUGCGAGAACACCUGGUACUGGACGCUUCUAUAUGUGCAAAACUAUGCCACUAAUGAUCUGUGUAUCAGCCAUUCGUGGUAUUUGGCCGUCGACAUGCAGCUGUAUAUAUUCGCACCCUUCCUUCUAAUCGCCCUGUACAAAUGGGGCAAGAAGGCGGCUGCCGGAAUCUUUAUCCUUAUGUUGCUCCUGGCAUGCUGUCUCUUCAGCAUAAUGGUCAUCAACAAUCUAUCCCUGGGUGGCCAAGGUACUGGAGCCAUGAAGAGACUCUACUAUGCAACGAACACUAGGGCCUCGCCCUAUCUCAUUGGCAUCUUGUUUGGGUACUUCCUGCACACCAACCGGGGCAAGGACUUCAAGCUGAACCGUCUCACAGUCCUCGUGGGCUGGCUGGUUGGCUUGGCCCUGAUCUUCACCUGCUUGUUUGCGGUCUAUGGCCAGGGUUCGUUGCCCAUUGUGGAGGAGGCCUCCUAUGUGACCCUAUCCCGGAUCGCCUGGCCCCUGGGCCUCUGCUGGGUGGUGUUUGCCUGCAUGCACGGCUACGGAGGACUGGCCAGCGGCUUCCUUUCCUCCCCGCUGUGGCAGCCCUUGUCCAAGCUCUCCUAUUCCGCCUACAUAUUCCACAUGUUCAUCGAGGGUCUCAACGGAGGAAUAACACGCACCAGCACCUACUUCAGUGACUACCAAGUGAUGCUUCGAUUCUGGUCAGACUUUGGCUUUACGAUACUGUUCUCAUACCUCAUGCACAUUCUCAUCGAAGCGCCAUUUGCCAGCCUGUUGAGCAUUCUGUUGCCAGCAAAGAGGCCUAAUCCUCCGCCAGCGGCUGUCAUUGAGGCCAAGAUUGCUGAAGUUGAAACAACACCCGACGAAUCUCCAGUAGAGAAGCCUGCGGAAGUGAAAUCCGAUACAUCUGAGGAGGUGGCUGGGACUCGCCCCGAAGAUAAUUCAGUUUAAGCAUAAGUCUUAAGUACUUUUUAUAUCAAACUACUUUUUUCGUAGCCAUUGAACUUGUAUUUAAAAAAAUUUUGUUAACGCUAUACAGUAAACCAUUUUUAAGGCCAUUACUUU